AAUUAGUCCUUAUCAAGUCAUCCACCGUCUACCGGGCUUUUCUUCCGUUUCUUUCUUGCACUAAAGAAAAAUGAGGAGUGUGGAAAUGGAGGCUCCGAGAAUCCAUGACGGAGAGAUAAACGAAGACGAGGUUUCUCCGAUCGAGCAAGUCCGGCUAACCGUACCCACCACCGACGACCCGACCCUGCCCGUAUGGACCUUCAGAAUGUGGGUCCUGGGAGUGUUCUCCUGCGUGCUCCUCUCCUUUCUCAACCAAUUCUUUAGUUACAGGAAGGAGCCACUAACCAUCACCCAGAUCACCGUCCAGGUGUUCACGCUCCCCAUCGGACGCUUCAUGGCCGCCACGCUGCCCACCACCAAGUUCCGGAUUCCCGGGUUCGGGUCCCGCCAAUUCUCGCUUAACCCGGGGCCGUUUAACAUGAAGGAACACGUUCUUAUCAGCAUUUUUGGGAACGCCGGCGCCGCGUUUGGAGAUGGAACCGCUUAUGCCAUUGGGAUUGUGACCAUUAUAAUCGCAUUUUAUCACAGGAAUAUCUCUUUGUUUGCUGGCUGGCUCCUUGUUCUUACCACACAGGUACUUGGAUAUGGUUGGGCUGGACUUAUAAGAAAAUAUGUAGUUGAGCCGGCUCACAUGUGGUGGCCAAGCACCCUCGUCCAAAUCUCACUAUUCCGGACCCUCCAUGAAAAGGAAGACGAAGACGACAAGCGGCACAUGUCCCGAGCAAAAUUCUUCAUGAUCGCACUAGCUUGUAGCUUUUGCUGGUACUUGUUCCCUGGCUACCUCUUCCAGACUCUUCAGAGCAUUUCCUGGGUUUGCUGGGCGUUUCCCAAAUCCGUGACGGCACAGCAGAUUGGUUCCGGCAUGAAUGGGUUUGGAGUCGGAGCUUUCACGCUAGACUGGGCCACAAUUGCCUCCUUUCUCUUCAGCCCUCUCAUAAGUCCAUUCUUCACCGUUGCAAACAUCUUUGUCGGUUACGUGACUAUAAUGUACGUCGUGGUACCUAUAUGUUACUGGGGAUUCAAUCUCUAUGAUGCCAAAAACUUCCCCAUCUAUUCGUCGCACUUGUUCACUGCACAGGGCCAAAAGUAUAACAUAUCCGCCAUUGUCAAUGAUCAAUUUGAGCUGGAUAAAGCUCAAUACGCCAAGCAAGGGACAGUCCACUUGAGCAUAAUGUUUAUUCUAACUUAUGGGUUUGGAUUUGCCAAAAUUGCAUCUACAAUUUCCCAUGUUGCUUUAUUCUAUGGAAGAGAGAUUUAUGAUCAAUAUAAAGCUGCUUCAAAGGAAAAGAUGGAUAUACAUACAAGAUUGAUGAGGAAGUACAAAGAUAUACCUUCGUGGUGGUUUUACACACUUCUUUUAGUGACAAUUAUUGUGUCACUGGCACUAUGCAUCUUCUUGAAAAGUGAGGUCCAGAUGCCAUACUGGGGACUGUUGCUUGCAUCUGCCAUGGGUUUCAUCUUUACCCUGCCCAUUAGUAUCAUCACAGCCACCACAAACAUUACGCCAGGACUAAAUAUCAUAACGGAAUACGUUAUGGGUAUAAUCUAUCCUGGGAGACCUAUAGCCAAUGUUUGCUUCAAGACGUAUGGUUACAUGAGCAUGAGUCAUGCUGUUUCUUUCCUUAGCGAUUUCAAGCUGGGUCAUUACAUGAAGAUUCCUCCAAGGUCUAUGUUCUUGGUUCAGGUCUUUGGAACCAUCAUUGCUUCAACAACCAAUACAAUUGUUGCCUGGUGGCUCUUACAUUCUAUAGACCACAUAUGUGAUCAGGAUAAGUUUUCCAAUAGUCCCUGGACCUGUCCGGGCCACCGUGUCUUCUUCGAUGCCUCUGUUAUCUGGGGGCUGGUUGGUCCGAUGAGGAUUUUUGGCUCGCUCGGAAAUUACUCUUCGCUUAACUGGUUCUUUCUUGGAGGAAUAUUGGGUCCGUUUCUGGUAUUUCUCCUCCACAAGGCCUUCCCCUCGCAAACCUGGAUUACCCUCAUCAACUUCCCUGUUCUUCUUGGCGCAUGUUCUCAGAUCCCGCCGGCAACGGCCUUAAACUACAAUUCUUGGAUUUUGGUCGGAACCAUCUUCAACUUCUUUGUUUUUAGGUACCGGAAGGAAUGGUGGCAGAGGUAUAAUUAUGUCCUCUCCGCGGCGUUGGAUGCCGGCGUUGCAUUCAUGGCAGUCUUUUUGUACUUCACGGUGGGGUUGGAGAACAAAAAUGUGUCAUGGUGGGGGACUACUAACUCUGAGCAUUGCGAUCUUGCGAAUUGUCCCACCGCUAAGGGUAUAUCUGUUGAUGGUUGUCCCAUAUUUUAGUUUCGAUUUUAUAUUAGGAUAAAUAAAUGUUAUGAUAUUGUUUGGUCAUAUAAAAUAUAUAACUUUU